AUGGUACAACAGCAACGGCUAGAUCAUAGAAGCGAUCUCGACAUGGCGCGGCUCUAUUACGCAGGUCGUGUACGCACUUUCGAGCAAGGUUUACGUGGUGUCGCAGGCGGGAUCAAUAAUCGCGCAAUUUGUCGCCAUAUUGGAAAAUAUUUCGAUACACCAUUAGCGGACGAAGGCAUAGAAGUCGCGAUUUACAGGCGACGUCGGAGGCGAAUCGGUUCCGGAAGAGAGUUAAAGCACGCGCGAUUGGCUGCGUAUGAAAUAAACAUGAACGCUCUCCAUCCACGUUAUUACUUCUCCCGGUAUCGUCCGGUAUUCGCCGAGUGCACCGGCUUACUACCCAUUAGCGGCGCUCUAAGCCAUUUAAUCGUACGGUACACCUGCCUUUCCGCGAAGUCUCUUAACGAUCCGCAGCAGCAGCAGCAGCAGCAGCAGCAGCAGCAGCAGGAGCAGCAACAGCACCAGCAGCAGCAGUAG